AUGGCCUCUCCAGCCAAUUCAGUACCAGAUACCCAACUUGGUUUGACAAAUGAUGAAAUCGCCCUGCUCCGGCAUCAUCAACAGCAAGCCGCCAACAAUGCUGGCUCUUCUUCGUCUCGAGCCGCUUCGCGCGCAUCGUCCCAAGGUCUCCUCCUCCUCGACGGCUCCUCACUUGCUGCACUAGGCCGUCAUUUCGAUCAUCUCAUGCAACAAAUACAAGCGCGGCUAGAAUACCUGUCUGAUCAAUCGGCGAGCGUGGCUCAACAGCAAUACGAUCGAGCCGGAAAUGCGAUUGAGAUGGCAGACGCAGAAAUAGCACGGUUUCAUGAUAUUUUGCGGCAGAUUGACGAGCUGGAGGUGGAUUUCGACCGAAUAAGACAUAUCAGGGACAUAGUAAGGAGCUACAGAGCGAGAGUGGAGGAGAUGGAACAGCAAUUAGAGCACAGUGGUUCGAGCAGCAGCCGACAUAGACAUCGGCAUCACGAGAGCUCUGGAAGCUCGAGCAGAAGACACCACCAUCGAAGAUAA